UGAGCUCCUCCUCCCCGGCCGCGCUCGAGCCGGGCUCCCUGACCGGCGAGCGGAGAGUGGGGCCGGGCCCGGCGCGGGCUAGGCCUCCGGGGCCGCCGGCUGGCGACGGUUGCCUGGUGACGGCCGGCUGGGGCGCGGGGUACGAGCGAGCGGCUGGGCUGGGGGAGCGGGUGCCCGGAAGCGGAUCCGAGAGCCCCGAAGCGAAGCGGCCCGGGGGGGACGGGAGACCCGCGAUCGGGUGAUCGGGGUCUUCCGCCGGCGGGCGAGUCGCUGGCGCGGGAGCUCGGGUUUCGGUGGUGGAGAUCGCGGUUCCCUUUUGGGAAAUUGAACACUACUCCCGGACUGGGUAACUGAGCACCCAGUACUGCAGCCAUGGAGUCCAUGCUUAAUAAAUUGAAGAGCACUGUUACGAAAGUAACAGCUGAUGUCACCAGUGCUGUCAUGGGAAAUCCUGUCACUCGGGAAUUUGAUGUUGGUCGACACAUUGCCAGUGGUGGCAAUGGGCUAGCUUGGAAAAUUUUUAAUGGCACAAAAAAGUCAACAAAACAAGAAGUGGCUGUCUUUGUCUUUGAUAAAAAGCUGAUUGACAAAUAUCAAAAAUUUGAAAAGGAUCAAAUCAUCGAUUCUCUAAAACGAGGAGUCCAGCAAUUAACUCGGCUACGACACCCUCGACUUCUUACUGUACAACAUCCUUUAGAAGAAUCAAGGGAUUGCUUGGCAUUUUGUACAGAACCAGUUUUUGCGAGUUUAGCCAACGUUCUUGGUAACUGGGAAAAUCUGCCUUCCUCUAUAUCUCCAGACAUUAAGGAUUAUAAACUUUAUGAUGUAGAAACUAAAUAUGGUUUGCUUCAGGUUUCAGAAGGAUUGUCAUUUUUGCACAGCAGUGUGAAAAUGGUUCAUGGAAAUAUUACUCCAGAAAAUAUAAUCUUGAAUAAAAGUGGAGCCUGGAAAAUAAUGGGCUUUGAUUUUUGUGUGUCAUCGACCAAUCCAUCUGAGCAAGAGCCUAAGUUUCCAUGUAAAGAAUGGGACCCAAAUUUACCAUCACUGUGUCUUCCAAAUCCUGAGUAUCUGGCUCCUGAGUACAUACUUUCUGUCAGCUGUGAAACAGCCAGUGAUAUGUAUUCUUUAGGAACUGUCGUGUAUGCUGUAUUUAAUAAAGGGAAACCUAUAUUUGAAGUCAACAAACAAGAUAUCUAUAAAAGUUUCAGUAGGCAGUUGGAUCAGUUGAGUCGUUUAGGAUCUAGUUCACUCACAAGUAUACCUGAGGAAGUCCGUGAACAUGUGAAACUGCUGUUAAAUGUGACUCCAACUGUAAGGCCAGAUGCAGAUCAGAUGACAAAGAUUCCUUUCUUUGAUGAUGUUGGUGCAGUCACACUUCAAUAUUUUGAUAGCUUAUUCCAAAGAGAUAAUCUUCAGAAAUCACAAUUUUUCAAAGGACUGCCGAAGGUUCUACCAAAACUGCCCAAGCGAGUCAUUGUGCAAAGAAUUUUGCCUUGUUUGACUGCAGAAUUUGUGAACCCCGACAUGGUACCUUUUGUUUUGCCCAAUGUUCUAUUGAUUGCUGAAGAAUGCACCAAAGAAGAAUACGUCAGAUUAAUUCUACCUGAACUUGGCCCUGUAUUUAAGCAGCAGGAGCCAAUCCAGAUUUUGUUAAUUUUCCUACAAAAAAUGGACUUACUGCUGACCAAAACUCCUCCUGACGAGAUAAAGAACAGUGUCCUGCCCAUGGUUUACAGAGCACUAGAAGCGCCUUCCAUGCAGAUCCAGGAGCUCUGUUUGAACAUCAUUCCAACUUUUGCAAAUCUUAUAGACUACCCAUCCAUGAAAAAUGCUUUGAUACCAAGAAUUAAAAAUGCCUGUCUACAAACAUCUUCCCUUGCUGUUCGUGUGAAUUCAUUAGUGUGCUUGGGGAAGAUACUGGAAUACUUGGAUAAGUGGUUUGUACUCGAUGAUCUCCUCCCCUUCUUACAACAGAUUCCUUCCAAGGAACCUGCAGUCCUCAUGGGAAUUUUAGGUAUUUACAAGUGCACUUUCACUCAUAAGAAGUUAGGAAUUACCAAAGAGCAGCUGGCUGGGAAGGUACUGCCUCAUCUCAUUCCCCUGAGUAUUGAAAACAACCUCAAUCUUAACCAGUUCAACUCUUUCAUUUCCGUCAUAAAAGAGAUGCUUAGCAGGUUGGAGUCUGAGCAUAAGACCAAACUGGAGCAGCUUCACAUAAUGCAGGAGCAGCAGAAAUCUUUGGACAUAGGAAAUCAAAUGAACACCUCUGAGGAGUCAAAAGUUACAAAUGCUGGGCAUCAGAUUGACAAAGUUUUUAACAGCAUUGGUGCAGACCUCUUGACUGGUGGUGAAUCAGAAAAUAAAGAAGAUGGGUCACAGAAUAAGCAUAAAAGAGCAUCACUUACACUGGAAGAAAAACAAAAGUUAGCAAAAGAACAGGAGCAGGCCCAGAAGCUGAGAAGCCAGCAGCCUCUGAGUCCCCAAGUGCACACGGCCGUCGCUGCAGUGAAGCAGACUAAGGACUUGACAGACACAUUGAUGGAUAAUAUGUCAUCUUUGACCAGCCUCUCUGUUGGCACCCCUAAACCUUCUGCUUCAAGUACCUUCACUUCUGUUCCUUCCUCGGGCCUGGGCAUGAUGUUUUCUACACCAGCUGAUAACACAAAGAGAAAUUUGACAAACGGCUUAAACGGCAAUAUGGGCUUUCAGACCUUGGGAUUCAGCAUGCCGGUGAACACAAACCAGAACUUCUUCAGUAGUACAAGCACACCUGGCGUGAGCAGUCUGAAUCUGGGAGCACCUCCCACCCUGCCAAACUUCAGCUCUCUGAGCGUUCUUCCUGCUGGUGCAAAGCAGCCCCAACAAAGACCCACAGAUAUGUCUGCCCUCAAUAAUCUCUUUGGUCCUCAGAAACCCAAAGUUAGCAUGAACCAGCUAUCUCAGCAGAAACCAAAUCAGUGGCUUAAUCAGUUUGUACCUCCUCAAGGUUCUCCAGGUGUGGGCAGUGCAAUGAUGGGACCACAGGUGAACGUGAUAGGACAGUCUGCUUUCGGCAUGCAGGGUAACCCUUUCUUUAACCCCCAGAACUUUGUACAGCCGCCCACUACUAUGACCAGUAGCAGUUCAGCUAGCAAUGAUUUGAAAGAUCUUUUUGGGUGAGGUAUCUUGCUCCUAUGUUUGAGGGAUUACUUCCAAUUUAAUCAUGGGUAAGCUAAUUUACAUCUUUGUUUACUUGGCUUGAAGAACUAUUACUGCAAAGUGGAUGGUUUGGUGAGAGAAAGCAUCCGUUGCCAUUCCAGCCAGCAGCGCUACAUAUCAACUCCUAACCAGUUGAGUUUUUAAAAUCUGGGGAUUUUUUUCCUCUUACAGACGCUUCAGGUUUUUAAAAACCCACUCCUUACCAAUGUCAGAGAAAAAAAGGACAACUGGGUUAUCUUAGAACAGCAGAUUUUUAAAUCAGAUGUUUAUUUUGCCUUAUAAAUCUUGCUGUUAUUUUAAAAAGUCGAGUUGAUGGUAGCUGCAAACUCACCGUGUGUACACUGCUUGGUACACAGUCUGUCUUUAUGAGUCAUUGGUCUGCAGUUUAAUGUGUGAACAAUCUCGGCGCUGUAUUGAUUUGUUUGAAUUUAGUGUGACUGAGAAAAUAAUGAGCAUAAGAAGAAUGAUCAGGCUUUUGGUUCUGCCAUUCUUAAUUUACUUUUCAGAUGAACUAAUGUUGAGUAUAAGAGCAAGUGCUACAAAAUUUACCUUACCUUAGUUUUAUUGGUUUAAAAGCAUUACGAACCAUCUUAAAUGCAAAUUAAUCAUUGUACAUUAUAUUUUAGCAUGAUUUGCCUCCGAUAACUCUGUUUUCUGCACUUACUGGGAUAUAUUUAGGGUCUGGGUUUCCGACCAUGUCACAGAAGAGAGAUGUUCUGUUAUUACACAGCAAAGCAAUCUGAUGUGGUUCCCUGACUACUGCCUUCAUAUUUUAUUUUGAAUUUAAACUUAUGAGGUUGCAACAUAUAAAUUUUCAAAAGGAUGUUUGUAAGAAUUAAACUAUAUUUAAGGAGUAAACUUUGAGAUUUUUGCUGUAUUGUUUCAAAGGUAAUUAAACUUGUGUACAAAUGAGCAGUUAUAUCUUCUGUACCAACAGAUUAAUUUUUAGCUUGCCAUGAUAGUCUGACCUCAUCAAAUACUGCAACUGAAAUCUUUUCUAGAAGUUGCAGUAACCUUUUGUUUGCACAUUUUAUUGUCCAUUCAUAAUUAGCUGUUGGAGAAAGGAGAGAGUAAGUUCUAUCGGACGACUUGUUUCAUUUCUGGAAAAUUUCCUCGCAUAUUUUUGUUUGCCGAUUAUUCAACCACAGAGCCUUAUGCUGUGUCAUUUGUAGUUUUAAAAAUUAUAUUCCAAUGUUACGUGAUAACUAUCUUUUAAAAAACUGUAUAUGUACUAUAGUUGCUGCCAUACAGUUUGUGGUUUUUAAUGAUCUGGAACCAGCAGUCAUUUAAAAUAAACCAUAUGAAAUUUA